GAGACAUAUGUAGUCGACUCAGCUGAGCUCUUAGGGAAGCAGGGAUUAGGAGAAAGCUUCUUAAUCUAUUUUACAGGGGCACCAAACGUGAUUUUGGUUGGUUAGACUCGUAUUGGUACGAGCUUCAGGCUCGGCUGAUAUUGAUUUGGUAUUUUUGUGCGGGUUGUGACAGAGGAAUAUUCCAGCAUCUCUGCUGUGAGGAUGGCAGGACGGAGCGGUGGCCUUUCGGAUCGCAGUUCAAAUGCCGCUUUGUUCGCUGUCCAGACGUGGAUUGAUAUUUCAUUCAUGUGCAUCUGAAUUCAGUCCGUAUAAAGACCACGAGCGCAGCUCUUCAGCACCGCACGCAGCACCGCACCGCACCGAGUCCACGGACUGGAGUUCUGCCGCCUCUUGUCUAUCAUUCCCUCUUUCCUGUUUUCACAGUUCUUUCUGAGAUGAAUCCUCCUCAGCUCUCUGCGGUGUUGGUGCUCAUACUGGCCCAGCUGUGCGUGUCUUCUCUCGGUUGUCCUUCUGGGUGCCGCUGCUAUAGUUUGACCGUCGAAUGUGGAUCCAUUGGGCUCAAAGAGAUCCCGCAAGGCAUCACACAUGGGACACAGACCAUCUUUCUACAGGACAAUGCCAUUGGACAGAUCCGUCAGCGGGAUAUAUCAGACCUCGGCCAGCUGCACUACCUCUACCUGCAGAAUAACAGCAUCUCGAUGCUGGAGGCCGGCGCGUUCAGAAACCUGGGCCUGCUUCUGGAGCUCGCGCUUAACGGAAACCGCAUCCACCUGAUCACAGCUGAUGUGUUCCGCGGCCUGGACCACCUGCGCAUCCUCUACCUCGCAGGAAACCAGAUCACCAGACUGGAGGACUACACCUUCCGCGGACUGCAGCGGUUGCAGGAGCUGCAUCUGCAGGAGAAUUCGGUGGAGGUGUUGGGAGAUCAAGCUCUGGUGGGUCUGUCCUCUCUGGCUCUUCUGGACCUGAGCAGGAACAACCUGAGAACCCUGAGUCCCGCUUCACUCAAACCACUCGUCAGCCUGCAAGUGCUUAGGGUCACAGAUAACCCGUGGCGCUGCGACUGCGCUCUGCACUGGCUGCGCGGCUGGAUAAACGAAGAGGGUCAGAGGCUAUUAAGCUCAGCCGAGCGCCGGAUGCUGUGCGCCGAACCUCCGCGCCUCUCCCAUCUCAGUCUGGUGGAGGUUCCCGCGAACAGCCUCGUUUGCAUCCCGCCCAUAGUGCAGCUGGAGCCCAGCCACCUGACGGUCCGUUUGGGGGAGAGUUUACGCGUGUCCUGCCAGGCAUCCGGAUACCCGCAGCCACAAGUUACCUGGAGGAAAGCGUCCCACGGAAAAGCCCAGCUGUCUCCCAGAGGUCUGGUGCAGGAGGUCGGGAUGGACGGGGACACCGGUGGGAGGUUGGUAACAGCCAGGCCUGGUGGAAAAGGAGGGCCGGCGAGUCGUGGCCCGGUCCGAGGAGGAACCGAUGACGGAGGCGACCGGGAAAGCUUCGAUCCUGAUACAGGAAGCGGGAUGCUGUUUCUCAGCAACGUCACGGUGGCGCAUGCCGGACGCUACGAAUGCGAGGCCUGGAAUCCCGGCGGAGUGGCUCGGGUGACUUUUCACCUGUCGGUAAACAUGUCUUCGUCUUCGUCCCGCUCGGAAAUCUGGCCUCGACUGCAUUCCUCAUCUUACUAUCAUCCUUCCUCGGUGGACGUGAGUCAAGAGCCGCUUUAUGAGCUUGAAAGCAUGGACUUCAGUGCGCUGGGAACCGCGACCCAGACGGCCAUCGCUGUGGGAAUUUCUCUUUUGGCGUUGACGGCGUUGUUGCUUCUCUGCAUGAUUUACAGUCGCCAACGGCAGAAAGAGGAAAGUGGAUAUGGUGCCAGCAAAGAGGAAAACAUCCUUUACGUCAACGACUACUCCGACGGUCCCACCACGUUCGCUCAGCUUGAAGAGUACCGGGACGAAUGCGGCCAUGAGAUGUACGUGUUAAACCGCGCCAAACCAGUGCUGCCUCCUCCACCGUCCUACAACCAGCAGGGGUCGACGCUAAAAGCCAGUGAGUGCAUGCUGACCCCAGGCCGGGCCAUGGGGAUCGGACCCCGCAGGGCUCCUGCAGAAGGAGGUGAAGGACCUCCGCUUGAUCCCGAAGGGUUGUUCAUGAACCAAAGCUUGCUGUUUGACACGCAGAUCGCUUAUGAGAUCCACUGCUGAACUGAACCACUGGAUAGACUUAAAGGUUCUUGCCAUUGGAUGUUAUCCUGCUGAAUUUCCUUUUGUUCUCAGAGCACAAAUGUAUUUUUUUUGGUGAAAAGCAUUGAAGGAAUAGUAGACUUUAAAGCUGCAGUGUGUUGUUUCGGUGCCACCAAAUGGAUUUGCAAAAAUGUUGUCCCGAUUUGUACCCAAAGUCAUGCCAUUGGUUGAGUCAGUAUUGCUACAAAAGAACUAUAUUUGAUUCCCCAA